AUGGACUUUGCUUCGUAUUUCCUUGUGGCGCUUUUCACUUACUUUUCAGGGAAGCUCUAUGAGAAGAAAUUACUGAAGUUGAAAGAACCAGGCCAAGAGCUAAGUUCUUUCAUACCUACACCAACAGUUUCUUCAUCUGCAGAAAACAGUAAACAGAAUGGAAAUGAUGAGUCUGAUCAAUACAGUGACAACGAAGAAGAUCCUAAAGCAGAAUUCAAACUUGAGAAGCGGGAACCACUGAAGGGUAAAACAAAGGCCCCACUAAUACUCAAGCAAAGAAGAAUUGCUGAACAUAACCAGAACUAUUCUCAUGAUGGAGUUACUGAGACAUUCUGGAGAAGUGGAUCUUCAAAAAGUGGACUUCUGCAGGCAGUUUCUAGGGAAUCUGCAAGAGUAUCCAGAAGGACACCAAGGAAAAGGGUUGAAACUACAGUACCGUUGCCAGUACAUGAUGCAGUAAUAUCACAGAGUACUCCCAUAGCUGAUACUGUAGUGGCUUCAAGCAACAACACCCUACAGGUUGUCAAUUGGGUGCCUGGAACUGUCAAGCAUGCAGAUCCUAUACUGUCAGUCGGUGACUUCUCAGAGUUGCCCAGAAGAACAUCAAAGAAACCAUUGAUGACAGCUGAAGUGAUGGAGAAAACUUCUGCAGAAGAAAGAAGAGUAGAAAGGGAUAUUCUUAAAGAAAUGUUCCCGUAUGAAGCAUCAACACCUACAGGAAUUAGUGCUAGCUGCCGCAGACCAAUCAAGGGAGCUGCUGGUCGACCUAAAGAGCUCAGUGACUUCCAACUGGAGGAAACCUAUUCAUCAAAAUAUAUCCCCAAAUACAUUUCCUCAGCAGAUAUCAAACCAGAGAAACCAACAAUUAAAAAACGCUCCAUUCCUUUGUGGAUAAAAAUCCUGCUUUUCGUUGUUGUUGCAGUCUUCUUAUUUUUGGUCUAUCAAUCUAUGGAAACCAACCAAGGAAAUCCUUUCUCCCGAUUUUGUUUGAAGCAUGUUAUCAUAUAG